AAAGGGAGGGAUAAGAACAAACACGGAGAGCAGAGGGAGAAGAAAACAAACACUUUGGAAAGGAGAGAGAACUCCCACUCCUCUUUCCUCUUCUGGUUCACUCUAAAACGAAGGCAAACUGAGAUAGAAAGAGAGGAGAGAUUAUAGGGAUUGGGGGGGGAGAGAGGAAGAGGGAGAGGGAGCGAUGGCGUCGGGAGGAGGGAGGCUGCCGACGUGGAAGGAGAGGGAGAACAACAAGCGGAGGGAGCGGCGGCGGCGGGCCAUCGGGGCGAAGAUAUUCUACGGGCUGAGGACGCAGGGGAACUACAAGCUCCCCAAGCACUGCGACAACAACGAGGUACUGAAGGCCCUAUGCGCGGAGGCCGGGUGGGUCGUAGAGGAGGAUGGCACCACCUACCGAAGGGGAUGCAAGCCACCCCCACCACCUCUGGAUACUGCCACUGGGGGGCAAUCAACAAACAUAAGCCCUUGCUCAUCAUCCCACCAUCUGAGCCCACCCUCCUCUUCCUUUCCUAGUCCUGUCCCUUCCUACCAUGCCAGCCCAUUAUCAUCCUCCUUCCCAAGCCCCACCCGUCUCGAGAAUUCGAACCAUGCUGUGAACCCCUCCUAUCUCCUCCCUUUCCUCCGGAAACUAUCCACGCUCCCACCUCUCCGCAUCUCCAACAGCGCUCCUGUUACGCCACCACUCUCCUCUCCGACUGCCUCCCACCCGACAAAACUUAGGAAACUGGAGUGGGACUAUGCUGCAUUCCACCACCCUCAAUUUGCUGCUUCUGCCCCUGCUAGCCCCACACGUGGUUGCCGCCACGGGCACCCUGCCACCAUUCCAGAAUGUGAUGAGUCUGAUGCCUCCACUGUUGAUUAUGGCCGGUGGUUCAGCUUCCACAUGACAGCCCCAGCAUCCCCGUCCUUCAAUCUAGUCAAUCCGGUUCUGCAAAUGCCAGAGACUGUUGCAGGCGCUGGAGGAGGAGGAACGUCUGAGAGGGGACGAGGGGGCAUGGAGUUUGAAUUCGAGAAUGAAAGGGUGAAGCCUUGGGUGGGGGAGAGAAUUCAUGAGGUUGGGGUGGAGGAUCUUGAGCUCACAUUAGGAGUGGGAAGCAGCGGGUCAAAGUGAAAGAGCUCGAGACAUCUUCCCUGUAGACAUUGCAUGAUCAAAUUCAUUUUGAUGCAGUGAAAGCUCUAUCUUAUCGGCUGUUUGUAUUUUGUUCUCUUUGUAAUCUUUUUUGAUGGUUUUCUUGCCUCCAUCUUUUUUCCUGUAGCAUGGUGCUUGAAUGCAGACAGAUUUGUUCUUUCAAUAUUUAAGCCUGAAAAAUGUUAUAUGAGCUACUGGUUUUGGUGGCAAUGGCUCACCAGUAAAAUUCAUGGCUGUAAUUGAUGGUUUUGUUGCUGUCUUGUAAAUGCUAAAAGUCCAUGGGAAAUUAGAUCGUUCUUUCUUUUUUCUUA